GUUGAGGAAGGUGUCACUAUCGACAUGAACCUGGUCAACCAAGUUGAGUACUCCUCCGAAACCAAGGUCGCCAGCAUUGGAGCCGGGGCACUUUGGCGUGACAUCUACUCUGCGCUCGAGCCCUUUGGUACAACGGCACCCAGCGGACGUACUUCGACUGUCGGCGUCACUGGGUUCCUGACCGGCGGUGGCAAUAAUUUCUUCGGCGCAGACGUCGGACUCGGUUGCGAUAACGUUGUCAACUUCGAAGUUGUACUCGCUAGCGGCGAGACCGUCAAUGCCAACAGAGAAACCCAUUCCGAUUUACACCAAGCGCUUAAGGAUGGUUCGAGCAACUUCGGGAUAGUCACACGUGUCGACAUUCAGAGGAUUGACGUUGUCAACAUCUGGGGUGGACAGGUUGUUUACCCCCUCAACACCACUGAACAACACAUUGCUGCCUACGUCAAGUGGGUUGAUAACAUCCCCAACUACACCAAGGGUUCAGCUGUUGCCUUUUGGGCAUACACACCCACUGCUGGCACCGUCGUAUCGGCUGCUCUUCAUGAUACAUCUGACUCCGAGUGGGCACCAGCCUAUAAGGAAUUUCAGACGAUCGGACCUCAGAUAGCGAAUACCUUCCGUCAUGAUAGUCACCUGAACAUGACUGUUGAGCUCGAGGAGCCUAUGGGGUACCGCCAGAUUUGGAUCACUUUGACGGGCAAGAAUGAUGCCCGCUUCAUACAAGCCACACAAGACGCCGACUUCUUAAACUACAUCACUUUCCAGGCUAUGCCAACACUGCUGUUCAAGCACUCAACAGAGCGAGGAGGCAAUUUGGUCGGGAUGGAGCGCGAGGCUGAAGAUGCGAUUCUGUUCCAGAUGCAGCACAUGGUUCGCGCUGACAGUGCUGAGAAAAAGGCCCGAAAGCAACAUGUUGCCAUGCGCCAGGAACUGAAAGAUUUCUACAUCUCCGAGGGCGUCAAUGUUGAAUGGGAGUACUUGGGAUAUGCCAAUGGAUCACAGGACCCUCUCAGCACCUACGGCCAAGAGAACAUUCAGUUUCUCGAAAAGGUCACUACUUAGUAUGACCCCCAGCAAGUAUCUCAGAAAAGAGUUCCUGGCGGAUUCAAGAUCUUGAAGGUUGAUCUGGUUUGGCCACUUUGCCUGGAGAUGAAGGCUUUUUUCAUUGAUAGAUCUUGGAAUGGUAUA